AUGGCUAUACAAGCGCAGUUGAAUGCGAAUCAAAUCGGGUUUCCGUUAAUCGGUGGUGUUGGUUCGUCGGAGUUUUCUUUGAUCAACAACAAUGGCGGAAUCGGAAUAGGAAUCGAUCAGUCGCAACAAACUCUGUUUCGUCAUCAACAACAGAGUCAACAGUAUCGUUCUUCUCAGAGCUUUUUAGACGUUCAUAUGGAGAAACAGAAGCAAGAGAUCGAUCAGUUCAUCAGAUCACAGAACGAGAGGUUGAGAUAUGUGUUGCAAGAACAGAGGAAGCAAGAAAUGGAGAUGAUAUUGAGGAAAAUGGAAACGAAAGCUUUGGUUUUAAUGACUCAGAAAGAAGAAGAAAUGUCGAAAGCAUUGAGCAAGAACAUGGAGCUCGAAGAUCUGUUGAGGAAAAUGGAAAUGGAGAAUCAAACGUGGCAGAGAAUGGCUCGUGAGAACGAAGCGAUGGUCGCUACGCUUAGCUCGACGCUCCAACAGGUUAAAGAGAGAGCAGCCGCCACGUCUCACGACUUAGCGGAGGCGGAGGCGGAGGAUGAAGGGUCGUACUGCGGCGGAGGAGAUAGUUUUCCGGCGAAGAAGAAGAUGAGUAGUUGUUGCUGGAAUUGUGGGUCUAAUGGAGAAACGCGGGUUCUGUUUUUGCCGUGUAGGCAUCUCUGUUGCUGCACAGAUUGCGAGGCUGGUUUUGUCCUUUGUCCGAUCUGUAAUACACCAAAGAAAAAUAGAAUCGAGGCGUUUAUUUUCUAG